CUCGUCAUCUGCCAUUUUUGAGAAAUUUAAAUUUGGCGCGCUAGCCGCGCUAGCGUUUGGUUGACUACUCUGGGCCGAUCGAUCGUCAUUUUUCUUCUCACUGCUGGCCGGAGAAGAAAAUGGAAUCAGUCGGUAUGCUGAGCCGUAUUUUGGCCAGAUCAGCCGCCCCUCGGGGUGUGAUCGUGCGCAGCUUCCGAACGAGCGCACCCGCAGUGUCCGCCGUCACCGAGGGCCCUGAGCGUGAUGUUAAGAACUUCCCCAGGCCUGUGCGCCCCAUUUACCCAGGCAAAGUGCGAAUGGGUUUCAUCCCUGAAGAAUGGUUUGAGCUGUUCUACAAGAAAACUGGUGUCACUGGUCCAUACAUGUUCGGUGUGAGUUUCUUGACCUACCUAUGCAGCAAGGAGAUUUACAUCAUGGAGCACGAGUACUACAACGGCCUGUCCCUUGCCCUCCUUUGCAUCAUUGGUGUUAAGAAGUUGGGACCUAGCAUUUCUGCUUGGCUUGACAAGGGAAUCGAUCAAUACGAAAACUCAUGGGAGGAGGGCCGCAAGAAUCAGCUCCAGACCUUGCAGGAUUCGAUUGAGGCUGAAAAGAAGGAGCAGUGGCGCGCAGAGGGUCAGACCCUGCUUUUCGAGGCCAAGAAGGAGAACAUCGCCCUCCAGAUUGAGGCAGCAUACCGUGAACGCCUCAUGCAGACUUACUCGGAGGUUAAGAAGCGUUUGGACUACCAGGUGGAGACCCAGAACAUUGAGACGCGCAUUUCGCAAAAGCACAUGACCCAAUGGAUCGUGAACAAUGUGCUCAAGUCCAUCACUCCACAGCAGGAGAAGGACUCUCUCAAGAAGUGCAUCUCCGACCUCAAAGCUCUUUCAGCCGUUGCAUAAAUUGCCAGUCAGGCUUUGUUGUAGAAAUGCCAUCUUUCUUAGAACGAAAUCCGGAAAAUUUAUUUGUUGCUUUUCACAAUCCUUUGUUGUAAACCAAGUUGAAAGCAAAACCUGUCUGUACAUGUUAUAAAAAACAAAAACUAGAA